AAAUUCAUACCCACACUCCCUGCCCGUGUUGUGCCACUACAAGGAAGAAAUUUAUUCCACGGGCUCGCAAAGCACAACACCUCCUCCAACCUGGCCAAAGUCUCUAGAAAGACCGGAUCCUGGUGCUCGGUCUAUUCAGUAGAAGCGCUUGAAGGACUGUAAGAUGAUCUCGGUGCACGAGAUGAGCUCGCCUAUUGAUUCUCCCUUCCAUAACGAUUUUGGCAACUACGGUACCGAUACGCUUACCCAGACACAGACGUAUCAGUUUCAGAGAAGGGUGAUACUACAGUACGUUAUAAACCACUCGUUGAGCCUCAUCAUCAACGGCUAUGGGCCCAAGUUCUGCUGGAACAUGGAUGACUUGCACAGGAGAGGCGUCUUGUCGUUCGUGUCGACGCUCUCGAAGAGGUGCGGGCUGUCCCUGGUGCAGUUCCAGCAGGUGUGUGUGGUACUCUCACGGUACCUGGAUGCCGUUGACGAGGUUGACAUCCCGCUCAAGCAGGUGAUCCUUGGUGUUGUCAUCCUUAUCCAGGGCGUGAACUCGAAUCCCUGGGAUAAGAUCACCGGCAUCACCAGCCCGGUGAUUGCCCAAAUCGUCGCUCACCUUGGACUGGACGAGUCCGACUUGCAAGUUGACGAGACAGAGAUGGACACCAUCAACCAAAAGAUGAAGAGCCUCAUAUACGCGAGAUUCAACGUCGUCUAAUGACCUUUCAACGACCCCACAGACAUAAUUUAUUAUCACGAACAAAACCUACUCUAAUGACACGCGUUACACACGCUUCCCGGGCCUCUGUGUAUAAGUACACAACAAAUGAAU